AUGAUGCAUACAAUUUAUGUGACGGUUGGACUUCUCUUGAUUGUGAAAGCCAGUUUCGCACAACAAUGCUUAACUAACCAACGACCAUCGGCGUCGGAUACAAAUAUACCAAGUUACAUCGUUGAUCUAGAUACUCCUCCGUUUCUGCGCUGGAAAGAAAUCGCCAUUCAAUACAAAUCGAAAAUCAAAGAUUUGUUAAAUUAUACAAAGAGUUAUAUUAUCAAGGUUUGGCCAAUGUUUACAUUUCUCCUUGAUAUCAUGCAUACACAAUUACCAUUGAUCGCCAAUACACUACCAGAGCCGUAUGGCGAUGAAUUAAAAGGUAUCAGUCAAGCCAGUGGAAUCUCUCUAGGUGAAAUCGUGUUCUACAACGUGUUCUACGAAGUAUCAUCGUUAUGCACUUCGAUUGUUGCUCAAGAUCAACAUGGACGUAUCAUUCAUGGAAGAAAUCUCGAUUUCGGAUAUCUAUUAGGUUGGGACAAGACAAAAAAUACAUGGGCAUUACCACUCAAAUUGCGUCCAUUAGUUAUCUCAGUGAACUAUACCAAGCAUGGUCAAGUUCAUUAUCGAGCAAUUAGUUUCGCCGGUUUUAUCGGCGCAUUAACUGGUAUCAAACCGGGAGUUUUUAGCGUUUCAUUAAAUGCACGUUUUGAUCUCAAUGGUGGCUACAUGGGUAUCAUUGAGUGGCUCUACAAUUUCGAUCGUCAGCAAUCGUUUGUUACCUUCGCUCUCCGUGAUAUGUUAACAAAUGCGAAAAACUACAGUGAAGUUCUUGAUUAUCUAUCCGACGUUUUACUCGUUGCACCAUGUUAUUACAUUCUUGCUGGAACAAAACCUAGUGAAGGAGCUAUUAUCUCACGGUCACGUCGGACAACUUUGAACAUUAAACGACUGGGUGCGGAUAACAACUGGUUUCUUAUUCAAACGAAUUCCGAUAAUUGGCGACAACAAUCUGCAUUGGAUGAUCGAUACAUCUCUGCAAAGAAAUGUAUGCAAACGCAAGGACAAAGUCGUGUUGAUUUCGAAUCAAUCUACAAUGUUCUUGUAUCACGACCAAUGCUGAAUAAAUUAACAAUCUAUACAUCACUAAUGAAGCCAAGUACUGGCCAAUUGGAAUCCUCUUUACAAUAUUGUCGUGAUGAAGAUAUCGCUUGUACACUUUGGUAG